AUGGCCCCCUCGUUAGUGUUUGACACUGUAGGCGUGCGGGCGGGGGUGGAGCGCCGUUGGGCUGUAAUGGAAAUCCGCAGACGAUGCCGCGGUGGUCUGGCGUGCGGUGUAAGCCACGAGCGGAGGCGGAAGCUGAGGCGGAGUGGUGGAGUGGCCCCCGGUUCCGCUCGCAGCGUGUUCCCGCAGCGCGCCCGCCGCAGAUUGUCCGAUCGAUCGGCACCAAAUCCGUACGACGAGGGUCUGCGGCUCCGGCCGCCCAUAGAUUAUGCACGCGAAUCCACAAUCGGACCCGUCACUCCGCCGAGGAAG